AUGCUCGCCCUCACAGGAACCACCGGCAAAAUAGGCAAAGCAGUCCUCAACGCCAUCCUCUCUCGCUCCCUCAUCUCCCCCUCCGAACUCAUCAUCUGCACCUCUUCAGACCCCUCGGACGCCAAAUUCGACACCCUCAAAUCGCAAGGUAUCCAAGUCCGAAAAUCAGACUACAAUGAUCCAUCUACCAUGAAGAGCGCUUUCGCUGGCGCCGACAAACUUCUCUUGAUAUCCACUCCUCAAAAUGAUCUCGAUUACAACAAUGCUCCUCACGGCCAAGGACGCGAAAAACACCAUUUUGCCGCUAUAGAUGCGGCGCGAGAAGCUGGUGUAAAACAUAUUGUUUAUGCGUCAUUAGCGUUCGGAUUGGAGAGUAAGACGGGUGUUAUGCGUGCGCAUUUGAGAACUGAAGCGUAUCUGAAAACAUUGACAGAUAUCAAGUGGACGAUUGUGCGAGAGGGACUUUACCAGGAAUCCUGGCCGCUGUAUGCAGGUUUCUACGACACGGUUGCGGAUCCCAGGGAAGAAUUGGUGGUUGCGGGGGAUGGACCAUUGAGCAUGAUCAGUUUGGAGGAUCUGGGAACUGCGAAUGCGUUGGUGUUGGCGGAUAAAUCGGGGAGGUAUGAAGGACAAUUCUUUUACUUGAGUCCGAGGAAAAUAGUGUCUUUGACUGAGGUUUUGAAGACGGUAUCGCAGAUUAAGGGGAAGGAAAUUAAAUUGAAGAUUGUGUCGGAUCAGGAAUAUAUCGAUUAUUAUGCGGAGAAGGGAUUUCCCAAAGCGAUGUUGGAGUGGUGGGUUAGCAGUUAUACUGCGCUUAGUGAGGGAGAGUGCGAGAUUAAGGAUGGAAAGUCCGAUGAGUUGUUGGCGAGUGUGGGUGUGAAUCCUAAGGAGAUGGAAGAGACGGUCAGGGAGAUGAUGGCGGGAGGCUUGAGAGGUCAUGAUAAGUUGACUUGA